AUGGAGAAUGCAUACACCAAGACGCCCGCUGAGGCGCUGAAGUAUUUCCAGGUUGAGGAGCAGAAAGGUCUCAGCGCACAGCAGGUGCAAAGCGCGAGGGAGAAACAUGGAAAGAAUGCGCUGCCAGAAGACCCACCAACACCCAUCUGGGAGCUCAUCCUCGAGCAGUUCAAAGACCAGCUUGUCAUCAUCUUGCUAGGCUCGGCAGCAGUGUCGUUUGUACUGGCCCUCUUCGAAGAAGAAGAAGGCUGGACCGCAUUCGUGGACCCGGCAGUUAUCCUCACCAUCCUCAUUCUAAACGCCGUCGUCGGAGUAUCGCAAGAAACUAGCGCCGAAAAGGCCAUUGCAGCCCUCCAAGAAUACUCGGCCAACGAAGCGAAAGUCGUACGUGACGGACAUGUCAAACGCGUAAAGGCCGACGAGCUGGUCCCCGGAGAUGUCAUCUCGGUCACAAUCGGUGACAGGAUACCCGCUGAUUGCAGGAUCCUGUCCAUUUCGAGCAACAGCUUCAACAUCGACCAGUCCAUCUUGACUGGAGAGAGCGAGAGUGUAUCCAAGGAUACCAGGGCUGUCAAGGAUGAGAACGCUGUCAAGCAGGAUCAGGUCAAUAUGCUCUUCUCGGGUACUACGGUCGUUACGGGGCAUGCGACUGCGCUGGUAGUCCUGACCGGUGGUAACACGGCGAUUGGAGACAUCCACGAGAGCAUCACGGCACAGAUCUCACAGCCCACCCCCCUCAAGGAGAAGCUCAACGACUUCGGCGACCAGCUCGCAAAGGUCAUCACGGCUAUCUGCAUCCUCGUCUGGCUCAUCAACAUUGGCAACUUCAACGACCCUUCGCACGGCAGCUUCACCAAAGGCGCCAUCUACUAUCUCAAGAUCGCCGUUUCUCUCGGUGUCGCUGCUAUUCCCGAAGGUCUGGCCGUCGUCAUCACAACUUGUUUGGCUCUGGGAACGCGCAAAAUGGCUGCAAGAAACGCCGUUGUGCGAAGCCUGCCUUCUGUCGAGACACUUGGUAGCUGCAGCGUCAUUUGCUCCGACAAGACAGGUACUCUUACCACCAACCAGAUGAGCGUCAACAAGAUGGUCUUCCUCAACGAACAAGGUAGUGGCCUCGAAGAGUUUGAUAUUGAAGGCACCAGCUUCGCCCCUGAGGGUCAGGUCUCCCUCCGUGGCAAACCCCUUGAGAACCUUGCUGCUCAAUCCGACACCGUUCGCCAGAUCUGUGAAGUUACCGCGCUUUGCAACGACGCAGCCCUUGCCUACGAUUCCAAGAACGGUACUUACAACCUCGUCGGUGAGCCUACCGAGGGCGCUCUCCGCGUCUUAGUUGAGAAGGUUGGCACUCCAGAUAUUGCCCACAACGCGACCCGCGCCAGCACCUCGCCCGAAGGACUUCUCGAUUUCUCUACCAAGCACUACGAGAGCCACUACCCCCGCCUAGCCACUUAUGAGUUCUCUCGCGACCGUAAGAGCAUGUCUGUUCUAGUCAAGAAUGGUAACUCGCAGAAACUACUUGUCAAGGGCGCCCCGGAAUCGAUUCUUGAUCGUUGCACCAAUGUCAUUGUCGGCAAGAACGGAAAGAAGAUGCCCAUGAGCAAGCAACUUUCUACCCUUAUCAACAAGGAAAUUGUCGAGUACGGCAACCGUGGUCUUCGUGUUAUUGCUGUGGCGUCUGUUGAAGACAUUGAAUCGAACCCACUUCUGGCAAAGGCUAAGACUACCAAGGAAUACACCCAGCUGGAGCAGAAGAUGACUCUCAUCGGUCUCGUCGGCAUGUUGGACCCUCCCCGCCCUGAAGUCCGCGACUCAAUCGCUAAGUGCCGCUCCGCUGGUAUCCGUGUUGUAGUCAUCACUGGAGACAAUCAGAACACUGCCGAGUCCAUCUGCCGUCAAAUCGGUGUCUUUGGCCCUAACGAAGAUCUCACUGGCAAGUCUUUCACAGGUCGCCAAUUCGACGACCUUUCCGAGUCCGAGAAGAUGGAAGCUGCCAAGCACGCCAGCCUCUUCUCCCGCACUGAGCCAACACACAAAUCCAAACUCGUCGACCUUCUCCAACAAGCCGGUGAGGUUGUCGCUAUGACUGGUGACGGUGUCAAUGAUGCGCCUGCUCUCAAGAAAGCCGAUAUUGGUGUUGCUAUGGGUUCCGGAACCGAUGUAGCCAAGCUCGCCGCCGACAUGGUGCUUGUAGACGACAACUUUGCUACCAUCGAAGGUGCCGUUGAAGAAGGUCGUUCCAUCUACAACAACACUCAACAGUUCAUCCGCUAUCUCAUCUCUUCCAACAUUGGAGAAGUCGUCUCUAUCUUCCUGACUGCCGCUAUGGGUAUGCCUGAGGCUCUGAUCCCUGUUCAACUCCUCUGGGUCAAUCUCGUCACCGAUGGUCUCCCCGCUACCGCUCUCUCUUUCAACCCUCCAGACCAUGAUGUAAUGAAGCGCCAACCCCGCAAGCGCGACGAGCCUCUCAUCAGUGGCUGGUUGUUCUUCCGCUACAUGGUUAUUGGUACCUACGUCGGCGCUGCGACUGUUGGUGGCUACGCGUGGUGGUUCAUGUUCAAUAGCGAUGGGCCCCAGAUCUCCUUCUACCAGCUCCGCCACUUCCACCGCUGCUCGACUCAGUUCCCUGAGAUUGGUUGCGAGAUGUUCAGCAACUCGUCUGCCCAAGCUGCGUCUACUGUUAGUCUGAGCAUUCUGGUCGUCAUCGAGAUGCUCAAUGCCAUGAACGCGUUGAGCAGCUCAGAGAGUCUGCUUACAUUACCGCUUUGGGAGAACAUGAUCCUUGUUUAUGCCAUUUGUUUGAGCAUGGCUUUGCACUUUGCACUUCUCUACGUCCCAUUCUUGCAAGGGCUGUUCAGCGUCAUUCCACUGGACGGCAACGAGUGGAAAGCGGUUAUGGCGAUCAGCGCGCCAAUCAUCAUCAUCGACGAGGGCCUCAAAUUCCUCGAACGCAAAUUCUUCAUCCAAAAGGGUAACGAGAAGUUGGAGCUUGCUGAACAGCAGAACGGCAGGGCGAAGAAGGACUAG